AUGCGAGAGUCCUUGGAACGAGCUUUGGAGCGUGCGGAGUAUGUCAUUGCGAGUGCCCAGCAGAGGCCUCCUAAAAGGAAAGGCUCGUCAAGCGGGGAAGGGUCUCUGUAUGAGAAACUGUAUGACCUCUAUGUGGAAGAAUGCGGGAAGGAGCCCGAGGCCGCGGAGGAACUAAGAAGCAACGUGAACUUGUUGGAGAAGCUCGUCAGGAGAGAGUCGUUGCCGUGCUUAGUGGUCAACCUGUACCCGGGAAAGGAGGGAUAUUCGCUGAUGCUGGAGGGCGGAAGGGGCUCCUAUUCGGAGACCAUCCGACUGCCUUAUAAAGAAGGGGAGUUGCUUCAAUACUUGGACGCUGAAGAACUGCCUCCCGCCCUGGUGGACCUCCUGGAAAAAUGUCAGGUUAACUUUUUUCACUCUGGGUGUGUCGUAGCCCAAGUACGGGACUACCGGCAGUGCAGUCGGGAACCUCCAGGCUACGAGAGCCGGCAUGUCCUCCUGCGGCCAACGAUGCAGACGUUAGUCUGCGACGUGCAGUCCAUGGCCAGCGAUCACCCGACCUGGACCCAGGAAGACAGACUUUUGCUCGAGAGCCAGCUGAUCUUAGCCACUGCCGAACCGCUGUGUCUUGAUCCUUCUGUAUCAGUAGCCUGCACUGCAAACAGGCUGCUCUAUAACAAGCAAAAGAUGAACACUCGCCCAAUGAAAAGGAGCUUCCAGAGGUAUUCUGCACGCUCCCUGCACCUGCAGGAGGAGCUGUCUCAUCGUCCACUUCCUCCUGAGCUGAGAGCGUGGGCCGCUUGCAAGAAGCGCAGACAGAGUCAAGCAGGUCAGCAGCAUGACCUCAAAAUCUCUAAAGCGGGGAACUGUGUAGAUAUGUGGAUACAGAGACCCUGUGACUUGGCCGUACCUUCUGAAGUGGACGUGCAGAAAUACGCCAGAGGGAAGCAGUCCGUCCGAUACAAUGACUUGCCACCAACAGCCUGGCCAGCCCACGAGCUAGAAGGCGAUUCCGUACUUGGCUGUCAAGCUGGCGGUGAGACUGCGAGCACGCAGCUGACCGUCAUGCAGCCGCCGAAGGACCCACCUUUGUCCCGAAACAGAAGGGCCUGCAAGGAAGCCAGAUGUGAGGGACAGGGGUCUCGUCCACACUCCUCCACGGAUGACCCUCCAGACGGUGUCCUGCCUGGCUCAAAGACGGAUGCUGGGACGGCAGUCAUUCGGUCAGAGGUCUUGGUCCAGCAGAAGGCCAAGUGUCCCGUCACCGUGUCACACCGCUCCGGUGGCUCAGCCGGCCCCAGCCAGCCGCCUCCUGGGAAAGAGCCGGCACGGCCCAAGAUGGUGUGGGUUUGCUCUUCAGUCCUGGGGAAGGGGGUCAGCCGUCCACCCGUACGCUUCAGACUUCCCGGGAGCUCAGGAGGGACGAGGCCAGGGAACAGUUCUACCCCGCUGGAGGCAAGCGGCUUCUUUAAAUCUCUACCUCCUGCUCCGAAGCCUCCGAGUCUUCUCCAGAAUUCCUCUAUGGGUGCGAAUCGAGUGAGCACAUUUCCUGCAGCCGCCCUGUCCAGCGCCAGCUCCUCACAGAGAACCAUGGCCCCCCCGGUCACAGCACACCCUCCUGGCCCCAACACCAUCAAAGUGCUGGGCUCUCUUUGUGCAGCCCAGGCUUUGGCGGGGGCUUCCAGCCGCGGGCAGGGCUCUACCACUGGGGCCACAGCGCCUGCAGGAACGAAGCCCAGCAGCCUGCCCUCGGGAGCUCGGCCCCCGGAUGCCGUGCCCGCCGCCCCACAGGCUGCUUCCCCGGUCCUCGUUCCGUUGCUUUUAAAAGAUGCUUCAGGCCUCACGUCGGUGACUCUGCUGGAGCUUCCGCAAGGCUCACCCGCUUUGAACGCCCAGCAGCAGCCACGGCAGCGGCUCUUUUGGCUGAUCUCAGGAGCAGGACGUCAGCAAGCCUCGGCUUCUGGGCCUCAGCAGCCAGCGCCCGGGGGUCCCGGUGCCCAAGGCUCAGCCCGUCCAGAGACGGCCUCGCCUGCUCAGCAAGCCGUUGUCUUCAGCCUCCCCGGACAGGGGACUUCGCUGCAGCCCCACGCAUCCGGGUCGGCUCCACGUGGCUGUGCUGCGGACAGCCAGCUGAGAGCCGGGCCAAGCGGCCCUUGCCACACACUGCAGCCGUCCCCUGCCUCGCAGCCGGGGCCACCGCAGCAGGUGCAGCCGAGUGGCAUCUCGCAGCACCCGGUGGAGGUGACAACACUGGCCUCCCAGAUAACUCCGCCAUUGUGGGGCCAGGGGGCCGGGAGCCCGUCCAGAGAUCAGAAGAACAGAAGCACGCCUUCCCCUCCCAGAUCCUGA